UCCGGUCCAGUUCCACUUCCGGCUGGCGGAACUAGUUGCCCCGGAGGGUAGUCGCUCGCUCGGUCGCCAUGGGGAAGUCCGACUUUCUUACCCCUAAGGCCAUCGCCAACAGGAUCAAGUCCAAAGGGCUCCAGAAGCUGCGCUGGUAUUGCCAGAUGUGCCAGAAGCAGUGCCGAGACGAGAAUGGCUUCAAGUGUCAUUGUAUGUCUGAAUCUCAUCAGAGACAAUUAUUGCUGGCUUCAGAAAAUCCUCAGCAGUUUAUGGAUUAUUUUUCAGAGGAAUUCCGAAAUGACUUUCUAGAACUUCUCAGGAGACGCUUUGGCACCAAGAGAGUGCACAACAACAUUGUGUACAAUGAGUACAUCAGCCACCGAGAGCACAUCCACAUGAACGCCACCCAGUGGGAAACGCUGACGGAGUUUACCAAGUGGCUGGGCAGAGAGGGCUUGUGUAAAGUAGAUGAGACACCAAAAGGCUGGUACAUUCAGUACAUAGACAGAGACCCAGAAACUAUUCGCCGACAACUAGAAUUGGAAAAAAAGAAGAAACAAGACCUGGAUGAUGAAGAGAAAACUGCCAAAUUUAUUGAGGAACAAGUGAGAAGAGGUCUGGAAGGGAAAGAGCAGGAGACCCCUGUUUUUACAGAAUUGAGCAGAGAAAAUGAUGAAGAGAAAGUUACAUUUAAUCUGAAUAAAGGAGCGUGUAGCUCAGCAGGAGCAACGGCUUCUAAGUCCAGUUCUUUGGGACCAAGUGCACUGAAGACUCUAGGGAGCACAGCAUCAGCAAAGCGAAAAGAAUCUUCACAGGGCUCAGCCCCAUCUAAAGAAAAGAAGAAGAAGUCCGCACUGGAUGAGAUCAUGGAGAUCGAAGAAGAAAAGAAAAGAACUGCUCGGACAGACUACUGGCUACAGCCUGAAAUUGUUGUGAAAAUUAUAACCAAAAAGCUUGGAGAAAAAUAUCAUAAGAAAAAGGGUGUUGUUAAGGAAGUAAUUGACAAGUACACAGCUGUUGUAAAGAUGAUCGAUUCUGGAGACAGGCUGAAACUUGACCAGACUCACUUAGAGACAGUAAUUCCAGCACCAGGAAAAAGAAUUCUAGUUUUAAAUGGAGGCUACAGAGGAAAUGAAGGAACCCUGGAAUCCAUCAAUGAGAAGACUUUCUCAGCUACUAUAGUUAUUGAAAGUGGACCUUUAAAAGGACGCAGAGUUGAAGGAAUUCAGUAUGAAGACAUAUCUAAACUUGCCUGAGUUUGAAAAUUUUUAACAACACAUCGAAACCCUAAAGCAUCAAAUUGAUGUUUGCCAAGGCGCUCUGAGACUCUACUGUGUUAGGGUAUUUAUUUUGUAUAAAAAGGAUCUAUUUAAAUAUUACUGUACAGUUCAACUAAACUUACAGAAAAAUCUAAUUAUGUUUCCUGAAAUAUCAGAACUUUGUAAUUUUAACUGUUUUUCCCCCUUUGUAACAAUCCUCUGAUGGGUUUUUAUCAUUAAAGAAUGGUGUUA